AUGCCUCUCGACGAAGAAGGUGCCAAGUGGUCCUGUGAACCAUGCAUUCGAGGUCACCGAUCGUCAAAAUGCCAGCACUUCGAUAGACUCAUGAUGAAGGUCCCUAAAGCUGGCCGACCUCUUGCAAAAUGCCCCCACCCGAAGGGAACCUGCAGCUGCCAGAAGUCAUAUGCCGUGAUGGUCCGCAUUCCGAAAGGCUCAUCAUGUCUAUGUCGUCCGCUAUAUAAAGUUCCUAUGGAUACCAACGAGUCAACCCAGUCUCCCCCACCAUCUAUGGUUUCCACUUCGUCACCUGCGCCGGGCAAGGUCCAGAAGUCUGGAAGAAGACAAAGUACUAUGCAAGCAGCACCUGAAAACAUAGCUCGGGCGUUACAAAAUAUGCCAGACAAGGUUAAGCUCGAGGAUGGAACAUCGAACUUGACUUCAGACUUCUCUUCACAGGUCGGGUUAGAUGGUGCACACAUAUCUUCUACUACACAAAACCGAAGUACGCCAACGCCCACAGAAACUUCCAGGCAAGACUCGCAGUCUCCCCAAGUAUCAAGCUGCUGCUCUCAAAAACAAAAGCCAAAGGCACCAACCCCGACCCCAGCUCCUACUGCGGCUGCUGCUCCUGCUCAGAAUGGUGGAUCUUGCUGUGGAGGGUCUCGCCCUCCUACGACAAAUCAAGCUGUCUACCCAGAGGCCGACCAAUCGCAAUUUCAGCCGCCUAUUGCUUGGGACGAUCAGAGUUAUAUGCAAUUCCCAAUGCCUCAAAUGUCGCCCUGGCAGAAUUCCUCGAUACCCACGCACGAAGACUACAUGCAUUCCGCCAUGCAUCAAGUACAUCCCCAACACCCAAGCCUCCAUAAUGGGUACAUGGGAAUGGUGCUGCCACACUCUCAGCCCCAAAUUCCCCAGAUAGGGAUGUCACUCGGUGUGACUGCACCGCCGUCCAUGGCGUACUCCAACGAGAUGAACGGUCUUGGAAUUACGCAAGCCUCUAUGAGUCCAUACAUGCUCAACAACCUCGAGCCUUCCUACAACGCCCCACCAGGCGGCGACUCUUGUCAUGACUGUAGCUGUGGAGAAGAUUGUCAGUGUCUUGGCUGCGCUGCUCAUCCAUUCAAUACCACAACACGAAAACAUGUCCAAGAGAUGGGUGCCAUGAUCACCUCCAACGGAGAUGACAAGAACCCAGAAGUCAUCAACCCUUACCAAACCUCACCUUACCAGGGAGGCACCCCUUCGACCUCGUUCCCUUACUUCAUUCAAAGCACCCCUUCAAUGGACCAUGGCUUCCAGCCGAUUCCAUUUGAUAGCUACUCAGACCCAAACUCUACCUUAGCCAGCGGUUACUCCUCCCCUCUAUCCGCAAACCACCAUCUAAACCAGCAGUUAAUGCAUCCUUCGGAGUAUUACACCCUGGAAUACCCAGUCGGCCUACCAAGCGCCUGUUCUGACAUGACGGGGAGCUGCCAAUGCGGUAGCGACUGUAGCUGUGUCGGCUGUCUCACACACAGCGGCCACAACGGUCUUUCCCUGGAUAUCCCUAUCCCCGAGCACCCCAUUCCCGACACAGAGGACAAGCAAACUCAACACUCGCGCCAUGUUUCCCGCACAAGUUCCGCUACGUCUCGAUCUUCGCGGAUCCCGAUAUUAGACAAUGUGUCUGUGCCCUGCCUUAGUCCGCGCACUUUGGAGACUUCUAGGAUCUAG